AUGGAGAUUCCAAGAGAUACAUGUGUGAUACAUAACAGGGAUGCCUCACAUGAAUCAUUAAACUUCCAGAGAAAACAGAAAGCAUAUACAUGUAAUAAAUAUGAGAAAUCAUUUAUCCAGUCUUCAAAUCUUCAAACUUACUAUAGAACCCAUACUGGAGAAAGACUACAUAGAUCAAAUAAGUGUGGAAAGUCUUUUACACAGACCACAAAUCUUCAAGUUCACUACAGAAUCCAUAUAGGAGAGAAGUCUUACAAAUGUAAUGAAUGUGGCAAAUAUUUUACCAGAUCUUCAAAACUUCAAGUUCACUACAGAAUGCAUAAAGGAGAGAAGCCUUAUAAAUGUAAUGAAUGUGGGAAAUUUUUUACACAAUACUCAAAUCUUCAAGUUCACUACAGAAUCCAUACAGGAGAGAAGCCUUACAUAUGUAAUGAAUGUGGCAAAUCUUUUACACGAAAUACAGACCUUAAAGUUCACUACAGAAUCCAUACAGGAGAGAAGCCUUACAAAUGUAAUGAAUGUGGCAAAUCUUUUACCAGAUCCUCAAUACUUCUACUUCACUACAGAGUCCAUACAGGAGAGAAACCUUACAAAUGUAAUGAAUGUGGGAAAUCUUUUACACGUAGCACAGAGCUUAAAGUUCACCAUAGAAAACAUACAGGAGAGAAGCCUUACAAAUGUAAUGAAUGUGGCAAAUCUUUUACCCGAUCCUCAAAACUUCAAGUUCACUACAGAAUCCAUACAGGAGAGAAUCCUUACAAAUGUAAGGAAUGUGGCAAAUCUUUCACACAGAACUCAAAACUUCAAGUUCACUACAGAAUCCAUACAGGAGAGAAACCUUACAAAUGUAAUGAGUGUGGGAAAUCUUUUACCCAAUCUUCACAUCUUCGAACUCACUACAGAAUCCAUACAGGAGAAAAGCCUUACAAAUGUAAGGAAUGUAGCAAAUCUUUUAAACGUAACACAGAGCUUAAAGUUCACUACAGAAGCCAUACAGGAGAGAAACCUUAUAAAUGUAACAGAUGUGGGAAAUCUUUUACACAGAACUCAGAGCUUAAAGUUCACUACAGAAUCCAUACAGGAGAGAAACCUUACAAAUGCAAUAAAUGUGGCAAAUCUUUUACACAGAAUUCAAAACUUCAGAUUCACUACAGAAUCCACACAGGAGAGAAGCCCUACAAAUGUAAUGAAUGUGGCAAAUCUUUUACACGGAACACAGAGCUCAAAGUUCACCAAAGAAUUCAUACAGGAGAGAAACCUUACAAAUGCAAUAAAUGUGGCAAAUCUUUUACACAAUCCUCAAAACUUAAAGUUCACUGCAGAAUCCACAUUGGAGAGAAACCUCACAAAUGUAAAGAGUGUGACACAUCUUUUAUUCAGAACUCAGAGUUUAAAGUUCACCAAAGAAUCGAUACAGGGGACAAACCUCAUAAAUUUAAUGAAUAUGACAAAUCCUUUACAUAACACUCAGAUCAUAAAGCUCACCACAGAAUCCAUACUGGAGAGAAACCAUACAAAUGUAAUGAAUGUUGCAUAUCAUUUACUAAUUACCCAACUCUUCAUAUUCACUACAGAAUCUACAAGGGUAAACCUUAUAAAUGUGAAAUGUAUUGCAAAUCUUUUACCUGGUCCUCUAUUUUCCAAGUUCAUUAA